UGUCUGGGGGUGGGUUGGUUCCGGUACGCAGCACGUGACUGCAACAACCAAUAGAAUAGCUGAAAUCGUUUAAAAGCGCGAAAAUCUGAGCGGCGAACCGCCCUCCACAGGGCCCUCCAGCCAGCCUAGCCCAGCCCGUAACGAAGGGCGAGCUCACGGCCGCAACCUAGCAGCAGCAGCAGCACCUAGUGUAGUGCAAUAUGAGCCGUCUGGAGGGGCAUGGCAUGAACGGGGGCCGCAUUCCUGAGAUGGCUUUGCGCGAAGCUGCGGCGGCCCGUCUCAGGGAAUCAACGCUCGAGGCCGGCAAGUACGGGCUGCGCCAUGUUCUGGAAGGCCAACAGUGCCGUGUGCUUCCCGGCGCCUUCAGGGACCGACGGCUCACGCACCUCAACGUCCUCGUCAUGGGAUACCCACUGUCGCCACUGCUGUUCGCCGAGCUCCAGAAAAUCAAGCGCUCCAAACCGUUAGUGUUCGACUACAAGGGCAACAAGUACAGACUGUAUUACGAUACGGUGGCCGGCGGAGGCGACGAAAAUGGCAAGCCUAUGUGUGGAGUGUCGUGCUGCAUUACUGUACCAAGCGACCCUUCUUUAUUGUGAGUGUGUGCGUGCAGGAAUGGACCCUCGGAACCGGAAAACCUGUUCGGUUCGAAAAAGAGCGGGACGCGGCCUCAUUCUGCCUUGGGACGUUU